AUGUCACUGCAAGAUGUUUCCACCGCAUUGCGACCGUUCUUUUUUGCCGUCCAUCCAGACAGGUUCGCGCAGUACCCAUCAAUCAGAUCGAAGAAUGAGAAAGCGUUACAAAUUUUCAACGGAUAUUUGAACGAUUUGUUCCCAAUUUCACCAUUUCUAAGACCUAUUAAAGUCCAAUUUUCUAUUGCUGAUAGUAACGCCACCAACAAGUUCAAGGAGAUUCAAAUUCAGUUGUCUGGAACGGACCCGGUGAAAAUUGUCAAAGCUGCUUUGGAAUCUUGCCAGCUGAGUACAAAAAAUUUGAAACCGAUUUCGGAGCCUGUCAACGAGUUUACAAACAAUAAUGAUGACCCAAUUGCCACAACGAAUUUACGUAGAAGGUCAAACAUGCCGAACCUUCUAGAAUCCUUACUACGUCAACGAGACGAAGCCAUAAGGAAAAGCAAGGAAGCCACUUUUCGGCAUUCCUCUAUAAGCGAUGAAAUUGAUGAACUCAAAAAGAUUGCUGGUCUCAAAGAUAUCGUUUUCGAAAUGUCUUUGAAUGACGUUUACAUUCAAAAGUGUCUCAAUGAUCUGCAAUUGUUCAUCGAUUCGUCGAAAGGUUCAAGAAAAAAGGCAAUAUCACAUGCCUUCACAAGAAAUAUUUUGCGUUUCGGUCAAGAAUCGUUCACGUGCAGUGAUGGGUCGAUUCAGUUGGGGAUGGCCGAGACGCCGGAAAUGUGGGAGCAGGCGUGUAUCGAGCAUCAAGUUCGACGAAGGCAAGUUGAUCAACUGAAUAUUACGUCCGAACAUCUCGCAGCAGCAUUGGGUGGAGCGCAAAUACUUCUACCCACAAAUAAGGAUAUUAGUGAAGUAUUAAAUCAAAUAAACUCAUUGAUGACAAGGAUAUGGAAAAGAGACGACCUAACCAAGCAAUUGUGCCUUGCUGGAAAGCAGACCAUGAUUGAGGUAACAUCUGCCAAUGGAAUUCUUUCGAUUGGUGUGGAUGGUCGCAUAUUCGUUCCAUGCGCCAUCGACAUUCAAUCUCUCACCAAUUUUCUGAAAGAAAACAGAGAAAAAAGCGUUGAAAUCAAUCAUAAAAUGCAAGCACUUAUGAAUGAACUAAAUGAAUCCAGAGAGGAAUGCAUUCAUGAAUUAAAGCUUCGUAGUCUGAACUGGGAGGCAAACUUAGGGCAGCGUCCCGAAAAAUUGCUUGACUGCAUUUAUAGACUGCGGCCUUUCGAUCCACAUUUCAACAAAUCCGCUAAUAUUUGUGAAUGA